AUGGUGGGCUGGAUCGUCAGUGGGAUUGAACGCAUUUUGCCUCAGCCUGUACAGAAGCAGGAUGCAAGCGGUGACGAGGUGCAGAACGUCAGCAUCGUACAGCAGAAGACAGACCUGGUGCUGGAGGACAUGGAACAGAACACAGAGGCCAAACAGGAGGAGACAGAGACCCAGAUGAUGACUCCAGUGACAGACAGCAUCAAGAAGGAGGCUGGAGGAGCAGUUUUAGCUCAAAUGGAGGAAAGACUACAGCAGGAGCGUUUGGAGGCAGCUCGCAUCGCAGAGGAGAUGGCCAGAAAGGCAGCGGAAGAGGCAGUCCGACAGCUGGAGGUGGAGCAUUCAGCUAAGAUCGUCAUAGAAACACUGCCAGAGUCAAACGAGCAACUGCCCAACAUCCUGGAGGAGGAAAAUGAGGAUGAGCCAGAGUUGCAGAACCUGCAGGAGGACAGUGAAGACAGCACAGACAAAAGGAGUCCUGAGAAAAAUAAAGUGAAUAACAAAACUGUAGAGGAAGAGAAAAAACCAGACCAGUGCCUGGUAGAAGUCUGUCCGGCCGAAGAUGAUGCCACCCUUUUAUCAACAGAUGUGGAGCCAGCAUCGGAGAGGAGAGACCUGGAGAGUCCAUCUUCCCAAGCUGUCACCCAGCAACCAGAGUCACAAGCUCCAGAGGACUCAGCCUGUGCAGCAGGUGAAGAAGAAGAGGGUGAAAACGGAGUUCCCGACAUUUGUUCUCCGAUAAAGAGCUUUCUGCUUCAAUUCCCGCACGCUGCCGAGUGUCUGGAGAGCUGCAGGACGCUGAUGCAUCGCCAUCACCUCACCCCUCCCAAACUGUCCAUGCCGACCCCGCCGCCAGUGCUCACCCAGCUGACCCAGGAGCUCUCGCAGUUCCCCAAGCUGGCGCGACAGUGCUGGAGGCUGAAGGUGGAGGACCAAAACAUCCCCCAAAUUAUCACAACCCCCCAACCCCAUGAGGACGAUGAUGAGGAACUGAUGAGGAUCAGUCUGAAGACCGGCAAUCAGGGAGACCUACUGACGGCAGAUGAAUGGACUCGUCCUCUUUCAGCAGCCAGCGUCGGCAGCGUGGUGAUCCAGGACCGUCUGUACCAGCUCGUCGGGCUGUUUAAAGGUCGGACAGAGCACCAAAAAGAGCGGCUAGUGGACCCGGACGAGUCUGAGGAAGAAAGUCCCUCAACCUCCCCGAGCAAAGCUCCACCUCCUCCUCCACCUCCACCUCCACCAGGAGAAGAGAAAAAAGAAGAUGCUCCUGCUGCAGCAGAAGAAGAAGAGGAGGAGGAGAAGGAGAUGGUGCUCCCAUUUACAAUUUUGGGACAGCCAGUAAAAAUACCCAAGCUGCCCAAACUUCCCAAGCUGCCCGACUGGCUCAGAGUCAUCGUGGAGUACCGCUUCCCCUCCAGCAUCGACCCCUUCACCGAUCUGAUCUAUGUACUCUGGCUGUUCGUUGUUGUGGCGGCGUGGAACUGGAACGUGUGGUUGAUCCCCGUCCGCUGGGCAUUUCCGUACCAAACCCCUGAAAACAUUCACCUGUGGCUGAUGAUGGACUACACCUGUGACCUCAUCUACAUCACCGACAUCCUAAUCUUCCAGCCCAGACUGCAGUUCGUCCGCGGUGGAGACAUUGUGUGUGAUAAAAAGGACAUGAGAGAAAACUACAUGACCACGGAAAGAUUUAAGAUGGACAUCAUCAGUCUGUUUCCUAUGGAUAUAUUUUACUAUUUCACUGGAGUGAACUCUCUGCUGAGAUUCCCUCGCUUGCUGAAGUACAUGGCUUUCUUUGAGUUCAACGACAGAAUGGAAGCUGUGAUGAAGAAAGCGUACAUCUACAGGGUGAUCCGAACUUCCACCUACCUGCUGUACUCUCUGCACAUCAACGCCUGUCUCUUCUACUGGGGCUCCGACUAUGAAGGACUGGGAUCCACCAAGUGGGUCUACAAUGGAAAAGGCAACGCUUACAUCCGCUGUUACUAUUUUGCCGUGAAGACGUUGAUAACCAUUGGAGGACUGCCGGACCCCACCACCGUCUUUGAGAUCUGCUUCCAGCUCAUCAACUACUUCGUUGGCGUCUUUGCUUUCUCUAUCAUGAUCGGUCAGAUGAGAGAUGUGGUCGGAGCUGCGACAGCCGGUGAGAACUAUUACCGCGCCUGCAUGGACAGCACCGUCAAGUACAUGAACUCCUACAACAUCCCCCGAGAGGUCCAGAACCGCAUCAAGACCUGGUACGACUACACCUGGAAGAUCCAGGGCAUGCUGGACGAACAGGAGCUGCUGAUACAACUUCCUACUAAGAUGAGGCUGGACAUCGCUGUGGACGUCAACUACGCCAUUGUCAGCAAAGUCGCGCUGUUUCAGGGCUGUGACAGACAGAUGAUUUUCGACAUGCUGACGAGGCUCAAAUCUGUCGUCUACCUGCCCGGAGACUUUGUCUGUAAAAAGGGGGAAAUCGGCAGGGAGAUGUACAUCAUUAAACAGGGGGAGGUUCAGGUGGUGGGCGGUCCUGACCUGCAGAUAGUGUUUGUCACCAUCAGAGCCGGCUCGGUGUUCGGAGAGAUCAGCUUGCUGGCGGGAGGCGGAGGGAACCGACGCACAGCCAACGUGAAGGCGCACGGAUUCGCUAACCUCUUCAUCCUGGACAAAAAGGACCUGGCAGAGAUCCUUGUGCACUACCCGGAGUCCCAGAAACUCCUCCGCAAGAAGGCCAAGACCAUGCUGACUAAGGACGUGAAGCCGGACGAGAAGAAGGGUAAAGAGGCAAUGCAGGUGAUCCCAGCCAGACCCGACACCCCCAAAAUGUUCAAGGCGGCCCUGAAGGUGACGGAGCACGCCGGCAUCGAGGGAACCUUCACCAAACUGAGGGAGACCUACAAACCGUUGGACGGUGACGAGUUCCGACCCGCCCUCAGCUCUAUAAAGUCUUUUUUUCUCUCGCUCAUGCGCGCUGAAUCCCCAUAUGUCCGACAGUCCGUGAAGGCAGCAGCAGUCAGACAGGCAGCAGGAGCGACAGUCGGAUCCUCCACCGCUGGAAAACUGCAAACCACCGACUGA